AUGAAUCCUUUGGACGACCCUGAGACCAUCGUUAAGAUCAGAGCUUGUACUGCUACCAAUACGGCCAAGUCAAGCACUAAGCAGAUUCAAGAGGCGCCCGCGGCAGUUGGAGUAUCCAUCUUGAGUGCGCAGAGUGCUUGGUGGUCGCCUCCCGUUGAGAAGCAACAUGUCUCAGCAUCAAUUGAGAAGAUUCAAGCAAGAGCCUUGUCAAUCGAUACCAGUUCUGAUCAGGGAAAUAUUUUCUUUAGCUAUCUCAACGGAACCGUGGUCGGUAUUUACACCGGAGCGCUUGUUGACGUCGACAGCACUAUAUCGGCACUUUCGGUUGCGGCCAGCAGUAGCCUCGAACUGACCGAAGCUUCUAGGAACAUCAUUCAGGUUUGUGGUGGCAACCGUACUUCUGACUACACCAUUGGUCUUGUUAGUAGCAGCGAUGGCAAUCUUGUUUUCGUCCAGCGUGCGGUCAAGUCUUGGGCCAAAGCCAGCUGUGCUGCGAUCUCAGGUGCCAGCGGAACAAAAGACAUUGACCAUCUGGAUAUAACAACAAGACUUCUAGGUUAUCCUAGCUCUCAUUCUAAGCGACACUCCCAUCCACACUCCUCCAACAAGAAGCUAUGCUCUACGCUUAUGGAGGGACAGGUUGUCUGCUGCUCAUCUGGUUCGCUUCCUGACAUCAGGCCAAAGCCGAAGGCCAAUGGUGAAUGUGCAACACAUGACGUUGAUGGGUUGGAACGGGUGCAAGAAUCUAUUGCUGGGGCAGAAGAUAUGUACGAGCAAAGGGAACCCUCCAUUACCAGCACCAGUUUCGAACGCCCAGUGUGGACCGAUGAAGCCAGGAACCAAGAUGCCAACUGGUGGCAAAAAGCUUGCUGA